AAUUUCGCUCCGGGGGAUCUAGGAAAAAUAACACUAUGUGAAGAUUGUGUCAUUUGUCGCUGCUCGUCGUCUUUUUUCGGUAUUUCAUUCCCUAACUAUUUUUGGGGACUCUUAGACGCGUAUGAAAAUGUGAACUAAUUGCCCUCGGGAGAGCACACAACACCCUCACAUCCGCGGGUUCCCUUUGCAAAAUUCCGGUCGCAAGUAAAAGAAAACCGAAAAGGUUGAGGAAAGUUUGUUUUUAACAUUUCAAUGUAUGGGAUAUGUAGAACCAAUUAAUAUUACAAGUGUUGGCAAAUCUCUUCGUUCAUAUUGAUUGCCCUGCAGCAAGCGUGUGUUUGGUGAUGUUUUCGAGGCAAGCAAAAAGAAUGUCUGUCUGAAUUAAACGUUGCAAUAAAACAGGCGUGAAACCCACUACGAGCUAAAGGUAGCUGCUCUCAACUGGAGACAGUAAAAUAAAACAGGGGGAAUACCAAUUCCCCCUGGGUUUACAGGAUACACAAAAAAAUCUCUUUGCUGCAUUUAUGAGCCACGAGCAAAUACCGGGCAGUGAAAUAUUGUUACCAGUAGUGCUGUGUCUGCAGAAAUUUGUAAAACAUUCACAUUUUAGUGCACGGGAAGCAUCGUAAUUUAGCUCAAUCGCCUUUUAGUGCAAUUAUUUUCCAUCGUGUUUGUGACUUAUGUAAUUGACUCCUUUGAUAUUAAGAGUCGGUACGCACAAUUCCGAGUGAAUCAACUGCAAUCAACAAUGAACGCUACACGAGUGACAAAUAAGGAUUAUUAAUACAAUUUUUCAGCAUAUCAUAUCGUCCGGCAUCGACAAGUGGCAAAACCUUCGAAGAAACAAUUUGCGGAUAUGACCGCGUUGUGGACCAUUUUUGUCACAUAGUGCAUCCUGGUUAAGCGAUCAGGGUGAUACACCGCAAAACAUAUCUGUGGCAAAAAGAAAACAGUGUCCAAAGACGGUCGUAGCAGUUCCGCAAAAGCACGCAUCUAAUUCAUUCUGGAGUUCGAUCCUGCGCACCCCUGUAUUGCAUAGAAUAUGAGCGUGUUUGUCACGUGGGUUUGGAACAAGCUCCCGCGCCGGUAAAGAGGCACACAGUGAACUAGCUGUGAAAUGAAUGUUCCGUAAGCAGCAUAUAUACGCUAAGCUAAACGCCUAGCACACAAACUUAACCGGAAAAGAGGAAGAUACAAACUCAAACAAAGGGAACAUUUUUCAAUAGAAAGGAAACCAACCGACGAUCAAAUUAUAUAGCCACAACUUUGGUCCUAGUGUCGUUUAAAUAGUCCACUCGCAGAAUCCUUUCCCCGAAGUGAGAGGAACACAAGUGGCAGUGAUCUGCGUUUGCUUCUUAGUAUAUCGUACAAGCACUAUCAACUUUCACUCUUUGUUCUUACUACUGAUCAGCCUCCCGAAUUAACCCACUAAAAAUCACUAUAAAACCAACCCACAACGGCAACGUCAAAAUACAGUGUUAAGCGGUGUUCACUUCGGGCGAAAUCUGCAUCCAUCUAAUAUCUCGAAUGUAAAGCAUUCCCGAACGGAACACACUUUUUACAUCGGAAACAACACGAGCACAAGACUCUAAAACAUGAAGCCAAGGGAUACAGUGAAACAAGAUACUAGUGACGUAGUGACGGGACCAACUCUCCAUCGGGAUAAUGUAACUGCGUGUGAUACGAUGAACAUAAUGCUGCUAGACAGUCAAGGCCCAGUCCCAUUCAGUUCCAGAAAUGAGAGUCAGCGAUCGAGUAUUUCAAACGCGGAGACGGUGGCCAUCCCUCAGUCGCUCGCAGCCAUUGCGCUAGACACGGGUCAUACUUUUCGGGAUGAUAUCGACCACGGGAUACAAAUCGACACUCGCGGUGCCACCGAAUUCUAUCGUAUCGAUGAUGAUAGCUAUAGACCGUUUACAAUUUACGGGUCAACCGGUGAUGGCAAGGGUAAAAUUGCUACACUACCCGCAUCCACGACAGGAUCGCUAAGCUCGAUAAUAACUACAUCAAUUGCUUCUUCCGAGCCGGACCGGGUCGAUCACCGCAGCGGCGGUGAUGGCGGUACCGGCUGCUCCGGAAGUCUGGUGGAUGAAGUCAGUGAUGGAAGGCCUCUUGAUCAAAAGUGCGCGAUUUCCUGCGGCGGUAUUGCGGGAGCGCCUGGAGCGAGCGCAGAUAACGGUGGAGACGAUGGCCACGGUGCGGACAUUCGCCAAGAGAAGUGGUGGUACAUGACACUUCAGAUCGCAAUACCGUUCUUUGUCGCCGGCGUAGGUACCAUCGGAGCUGGAAUCAUACUAGGUCAUGUGGAGAACUGGAAGGUAUUCGUUCAUAUAUCGGAGCUAUUCAUCCUGGUGCCAUCGUUACUGGGACUAAAGGGUAACCUGGACAUGUGUCUUGCGUCGCGCCUCUCGACACAGGCGAACCUGGGCAACAUGUCCGGGCGGCGUGAGAUCUUCCAAAUGGUGCUCGGCAACAUCGCGCUGGUGCAGGUGCAGGCAACGGUUGCGUCCUUCAUCGUGUCCAUGUUUGCCGUCGUGGUGGGAGCUAUCAUCAAUGGUACCAUCAUCUUCGAUCACGUUAUGUUGCUGACCGCCUCGGCCAUGUUCACUGCCACUAGCUCCUGCUUUGUACUCGACUUCGUGCUGGUGGCUGUGAUUUUAAUUUCAAGUAGAACAACAAUGAAUCCUGAUAACCUGGCCACACCUUUGGCGGCAUCGAUUGGCGAUGUGGUUUCGAUAUCGUUGCUAGCCGCGAUGGCCACUCUACUUUUCGAACAUAUCGAUACACACUUGUGGGUAACGUUCGUCAUGGUUGCGGUGUAUGUGUUCCUGCUGCCGUUUUGGAUGCUCCUCGUUUAUCGCAACAAAUAUACACGAUCUGUGCUUUCUACUGGAUGGGUGCCAGUUCUGUCUGCUUUAUUUAUUAGUGGCAUGGGCGGCCUGGUGCUAGACAAGGCGGUUGGCAUAUUCAAUGGAUUCGUUGUGUUCCAGCCAAUUAUAAACGGCAUCGGCGGCAAUCUGGUGUCGGUGCAGGCAAGCAAAAUAUCCACGAUGCUUCACCAGAGCAGUAUUAUCGGUAUCAUACCGCCGCACGCGAAGAUUUUUGAGCUACCCUGGCGGGCGCUGUUUCACGGAGUCCCUUACGCUAGAACUGCGCGCAUUCUAAUCGCAAUGUCCAUACCCGGUCAAGUGUUGUUCAUAUUUGUGGCAGACUACAUUCACAUGUCGCGCUCAACCAUCGGUGCGCCCUUCGUGUUGUCUUACUUGUUUGUCAGCACACUCCAGAUUAUGUUACUGCUGUACAUUGCGCACAUUAUUAUUCAUUUGAUGUGGAAAUGGAAAAUCGAUCCCGAUAACUCGGCUAUCCCAUACCUGACUGCGCUGGGUGACCUGUUCGGCUCGAGCUUCCUGAUGCUGGCGUUCCUAUUCCUGCGAUCGAUAGGCCACCCGUACGGUGAGAAGUCGAGCGAAACAGUGGACGGAUUCAAACUACUGCCGGAGCUGACCACCAUUAGCGGCGGUUCACUGAUGGAUCAAAUACAAGAUGACAAAGGUAUAUGAGAGCUGAUCAUAGCAUCGCCGCCCUGUUUCGCUCUUGGCUAUGAGCACCUUAACACGGUCUAGAAAAUGGUAUAUGCUAGUUAUAACUUGAAACGUAUGCUUAAAAAUAUGAGAUCUUUAUUACCAUAACAUGUAACGUAUGCAUUAAAAAAAAUGGACAAAUUUCAAACAACGCUGAACAGAAACAACAACAACAAAAAACAACGUACGUAAGAUAAUUGAUUUCUUGACCUUACCGGGCCAGCCUUACGAGCAGUUGAGCCGGGAGUGUUUGUCCAGCGGGCCGUUUGGAAAACAGCGCGUUGGGAUGUAUAACUACCAAAUGCUUUACAAAACACCCCAGAGAGGGUUGCAAUGCUUCAGUACUGCAAUCAUUAGUUCGAUUGGUUCGUUUUUUGUUUGUCCUUUGUGCGCGUGUCUUUGAGCAUAAGGGGCUGGCGCAGAGGAUCGCAUCCUCGCAUUUAUGGCGCUGCUUGAUGGUCCUAAACACUGCAGGAAAGUGUAAGUGCACCUCAGAAUGCACCGCCAGACCCGGCUCAAAGACGCUGCGACGUAAACAGUUUCUUCUCGCUGUUAGCAAACCACAAAAGGGGCAUUUUUUCGAACAUUUUCAAACAUUCAAUAUAUUUUCUUUGAUAUAUAUAUAUUUUUUUACGCCGUACACGGCACGUGGUGUGCGAUGCAUUUGCAUUUCAAUUCCCAUGUUCUUGAGGAAUUACCUGACAGUUUGGAUGCUCUACUCUUUUUUCCAGAAGUGAUAGUAGGCUAUAAAUGCCACACCGCCUGCCACAAGAUGACUGCUUCAGAAUCCGAACGAUAAAACACACCCUCGUAUGCCAUUCUUUCACUUUGCUGCUUGAUUGAAAUGGACUAAAAAAAAACUAUCGAAUUUUGUCUUCCCGACUCAGGGUUGCGAUGCUUGGUGACAAUUACGCACAAGGCUGUCAUAGUGACCGCCUGAGCAUCCUGUAAAUUUGUCUGUUUCUUUUAAUGCAUGAGUUACUGUAAGGCAAAACUGCAGAUUUUAACAGCCGCUUAGGUUUCGUAACCAAGCACCAUGAAAACAUGUAUAUUUGUAUGCGAGUGUGUUGGUUUCUAUUCCGUUAUGCCAGUGUAUAUUCCAACGGGGCAUUAUUUGGCAUUAUUCCCAGUUCAGGCUUUCGGUACUUAAACUUAAACUUAACUACGUAAUGCGAUAUUUGAUCCCGUACCUACCCAUGUAUGUAUAUAUUUUGAGCUUAAAAAUGAUUGAAAAGAGAAUAUUCAAACAAACAAAAGGAUGACUUUCUUUCGGCCCCUUUGGCUUCUUACGCGAUGCGAUUGAACGCAUAUUGGAAUGAUGCUGACCAGACGUGAUGCAAGUAAACAGCGUCAAACCGGGCGGGCUAGGUAGGCUGCACCGCUACGAAACAGAAUAAACGUACGGAGAGCAUGUUUCUUUCUUUUUGGUAGACGUUGGUUACUGUUCGAAAUAUUCCUAUCUGUAUAUAUCUAUAUUUUUUGUACUAGUUACCUUGAAUUUUUUUUAAAUUAUCAUAGCGGUUUGAGUUACUGAAUGUCGGGCUAAAUCUAACGGCAACUUUGUCCCAAGACAGUAUGUAUGUAUCCAGUCAGCACAACAUAGUACAUUAUUGCUGGAAUGUUUUCCAACACCAAUGUAAGAGUUUAGUCCACAAUUUCACGCCCAUAAAAUCGUUUGCGCGCUUUGAAAUAUUAUUGAACAUUAUUAAUCAUUUGGCUUUGUUCAUAUCUAUUUUGCUCAUUAGCCUGAGGGCUUUUACAACAGAGCGCAUCCAUUACACCCUUUCUAAAAGCUACCGGCUACGUUAAAGCCGUCUCGGUUUGACAGGAAGUUGCACGUUUUACAGAUACGGUUGUAUCAUUAAACAUACAGGAUCGAGGUGUACGGUUUUUUUUUCUUUUCUUUCAAUUUGUUAAUUAAUCCCUUUGAACAAAAAAAAACAUAAAAUAUUGCCUUCCAUUUAGAAAUACGAAAAAAAAAAAUUAAUAAAAAGAAGUAGAACUAAAGUAUAGAAAAGAAACAUAGUCGAAAAAAUCGUUUUCAAUUACUAGCUAUUCUAAAUAAAAUGCUCUAAAACACUCACACACACCCAUACAAUCAAAUAGCCAAUUUUGGAGAUUGAUCAUUUUGACAUCAACAUUUUUUCGUUUUUCCUCAUUACUUUAGGCAGAAAAAAGCGCGUGCUGCGAAAUUUGUCAUUUGUAAUUUAUUUCAAAGAAUUUUGACCCGCCCUUCUUGCUCGCUCGAAGAAAUGAUUAGUGAAAGUGGUGUGUUUUGCUUAGAUUUGUUAAUCUCACAGGACUCUUGGUAAUGAAAUUUAGCGAUACGCCUAUGUCCCCUCAAUUGUUUAGAGCAGCAAGUGACUGAAAACUUUGUUUUCUUUGUGUUGAUUGUGUUGAAGCAAGAAGCAGAAUGAUGCGUUUGAGGUGGUAAGAUGCCAGAUGGUUACCAUAACAUUACACUGUAGAUGUAAAUAGAAAAGAAUUAUAUUGUGUCCCGCACAGACGCGGUGAAGCGAAAAAAAAAAACAACAAUUACAAAGUAUUAGUACAGUCUGUUCCCGAGUUACGCGCUCCUAUGCGUUCCAAGUACUACGUUAGCGUGACUCGAAUCCGCGUUUAUCCGCGAUAUCUAUAAAGUUUGGGUACAUUUUGAUUGCAGUAAACAGAUUCAACAACUUACUCAAUUGCUGAUCAGAGUGAUUUUUUCUGUUUGUUCGACGAAAUAUUAUUCGUAUUGCAUUUGCAUUUUCGUUUGACUGUUGGCGUGUAAGAUAAGGUAAAUUUUUCAACGAAUUCAAAUGCUUGUAAAACCUUUCUGUGAAUCUACGUAAAAGUUUUCAAUUACAUCUAAAACAUGCACACUAGAUAGCGAAGGAUAUUCGGCCAAAUUAAUGAUAUUCGGCCAAAAAGGAAAAAAAAGAUAUUGGAUCGUGAACGCAUCAUGCCAUGCUCGGAGCAGCGAAAGAACGCGUUAAUUGUAAUGUAAAAUUGAUGCAUUACCGUGUAAAUAGAUGACGAAUGCAAUGCUUUUUCGUUUGCUAGAUAAUACGCUAAAACUCUUUGAAAGUUUUUGAAUUUGUAACUUAAUUAAAAAAAAAACUUCCCUAAACUUUCACGUUCCUUAUGCCUCGGUCACGAGAACCGCGUAACUCGGAGACAGACUGUAUGUUUUGCAAAACAAAAAAAAAUGCUUAGUUUCCUACAAUAUGCUUAGUUCCAAUCAAUAAUACUGCGCAACAUAUAGUGUUCGGUUGCAAAAACAUGCAUGAACACGCGUACAAAACGGUUCGUUUGGAGAGAGUCAGUACAAUUAAAUGAAAUAAAAAAGUGCCUAAGGAAGUGCGUGCGUGUGCGUGUGUGCGUGUUGUAAAACCAGCGUGAAAGAGAGGACUAAUUCAAAAUUCCAACAUUUAAGUAUUCGAUUGUUUCUGGUUUUGAAUCGGAUGGAAUCAAAACAAGGCAAUCUGAAUUGGUGAAUGACUUGGCGUGUUUCGUACGACUUUUGUGCAGCCUCUUCUUGGAAGCCGUGUGUUCGUUGUGUUAUGCGAACAAAUUAUCUUGUGAUUUAUUCUGCCAAACAAUUUUACCGUAUGCGAAAGUGUAGUUGAUACAACUAACCGAUUGGCUAAGAGAUAAAUAUAUGCUGUAAAGAACGGAGUGACGGGACAAUGGAAACACCUGUACUGGUAAUGGUUGGGCAAAUGAAUUCAAUCCAUGAAUUCAAUUAUCUGUGACAAUAAAGAUAAUCAGCUUGUUCUAAAAAGAACGCACUGCGUUAAACGAAUGAAAAUUUGCAUUACCUUUUUUUUUACCCUAAUUUGAAGUCCUGCAGCAAAAGCCAGAUAAACAAGGACAGUUGUCAAAUAGUCGGAACAUUCGAGGUUAAUUAAAAGAUCCAAUCCAGUUCACCUUGUAUGCAAGCGAAGGCACAAACACAAACUAUGGGAAAGUAUGCGUACUUUUAUGUGAAAUGUAUCAACACAAAUUUAAACGAUUACGACAAUUAAUUUUCAAACUAAUUUCUUUUUUUUAAUAACAAUUAUUAUUCUGCGUGAAACAUAUUCUAGAAGGAAAAAAAUUGAGCUUAUGUAUUAUAUAUUAAAAUUGUUUUGAUCGAUCAAAAGAUUGCUCCCAUAUUCUGGCACAAAUAUAGCUUAUGAAUUUAGUCGUUUGUUCCCCAAACAAGAGAUAUUCAUUCAUUGAACAAUUAUCAAUACCGACAGCAUAAACAGUUUUGCCAUAGUUUAACGAGGGACGUGAUCCUGUAAAAAAUAGUUGAAAAUUCGACCCAGGAAUAAUGAAAACGAGUUUAGAGCCUUGAUUGAUUUACCAGUAUGACAAUUAACCCUUAGAACUGGACAGUUUGUACGAAUUGUAGCGUUGCACGCACCGUGCCAUGCUGUGUGUAGACUACAACUGCAAACUACAAAAUACUCCUGUAGGAAAUGACCGGCCAGAGCUCCCUUAGGCGUUUGCUUCAAAAUAAGUUCAUCGAAAUUAUUUGAAUGAUGAUGAAAUCCAGUGAUUGCUUAGAUUGCGCAAAUAAAAAAAAAUACUGCAAGGAUGCUCCAAAUCGAAGAAUACGAUACAAUUCUGAGUUCAACUUGAAGUAUACAUCUGCAAGCAUGAGUGAUUGUUUCAUUCUGGUAGGCAAAGUUCGUAAAAAUGAUUAAAAUUAGUAUCCGCUCUACCAAACCUCGUGAAAUUCAUUUCAUUCAAAUUGAAACGAAUGUUCCCGUUCCCCUAGAAACUCCAUUUUGCACUGCGCGUCAACAUCAACAUUUUGAUCUAGGCGGCUAGGACGGCUAGGACCUGAGCGGCAAAUGAGAGGAGAUUAGGUGGUGCGCCAAACACUGAUUUUGGUGGGUUUAGGCAUAGGAAUUCAAAAAAGGAACGUUUCUAGACAAUCGAUUAAAUUCGGCGCACAAGUACAAGCGCAAAGGGUUUGAUCUGGCCCAGGCCCUGCAUUGUAAGGGCGUAAGGGAACUGCUGACAACAUUUAUCCCAGCACUGGCACUGCAUCUGGAACCGGUCUUUUCACUGAUCCCGAACCUUAACCGUUCCUGGUAGCUAAUCCCUAAUAUUGGAAAUGGAUCUGAUACCGAAAUCACAUUUGUCUUGGAUCGCAAUCCCUAGCGGAUACCAAUCCGGAAUCAGACUAGCAUUAAAAUAUGUGCAUCUUGGUAUAUUUUAGUCAAAAUCAAAUCUUUCUUGAACACCACUAAAAACAAUAUUUGUUCUCCCUAAUAACUGCAAUGUUCUCCUUAUUAGGAAGUUAACCCUCUGAUCUCCUUCUCCUGCGUACCUCCUUUUCAUUCUCUUUCCCGCGAAUUUAUAUAACCAUAUCCAUAGCGGUCUAGGGACGGAUUCUGAAUCUAUCUCAAUCUAGAUAUCUUUUGCCAAACCUGGCCCGGAAUAGAUCACGGACCUAUCCCGAUCCAGCAACCGGUCCCAUAACCAUGGUUGGUCUAUGAAAAGAUACUAUCCCUUUAAAUAAUUGGUCUGGAGAUGAUGAGUAUUGAAAUGUGUUUGGCAAUUCAUUGCGUCUUAUUUGAAAAUUAAUGAUUUAUACUUUUCUUAUUGACCCUACAUGAAUGCUCAAGGACCUAAGAUACGCAGAACAAAUAUCGAACGAUGUAAACCAAACGCGAAACGAAUUGCAAAUUUUCAAUGAGAAGAUACACAAAUAAAUAAAUAAACAAAAAUUAUGAAUAAAACUGACAGGCUGAUGAUAAUGAUCAUGAUGGUGCAGAUAUGGCGUUGAUGCAGGUGAAGAUGAAAGGGACAUGUAAAACCAAGCAAUAGCGCACUUAUUAUGGAAAAAAACAUGUAAACAUUACACGUAACUAGGAGCAAAGAUCGAAAAGUAAAACCGAAAGCUAAUGUAUUGUGAUAAAAAAAAGUAAUGUUGUUUGGCCAUACAUUUACUCCAUGCAAAAGGAAAAUGUACAAACAGAUUUAUUUGAGAAUGAUGGCUAAAAAACUAAAGUCCAAGGCAAGGCGAACGAAACUGCAAGAAGGUAAACGUAAUGAUGAGAGAAAGCAGAUGGAAACAGUGGGGAAUAGAAAAACAUAAGAAUAUAGAAUAUAUAUGAUUGUACCUAGCUUAAA